AUGUCAUACGUGUAUUCAGCUGCAAUCUAUUCACCAGGCGAGGGAAAAAUCGUCAAAAAUCUCGAAGACGAGGCGCGAGGCUGGCGCGGUGAGAUAUCUUCUAGCCGAAGUGCCAUCAAUUUCGACGAUUUGAGUACAAACGGAUCAACAAUGCCCCAGUAUGAAGUGAGGGUACGAGUUCCGCGAGCGAACGGAACGCCUGCUGGAGCCGCGCCAAGUCCGCGGAACGAUGAUGACGAUUUUGCCAAUGAAACACUCUUCUUUGAGCGUAACCGCAUCAAACAACUACAAGAUGAACGUGUGCAUAUACAGAAGAAGACUUUCACAAAAUGGUGCAACUCCUUUCUGAAUCGGGCCAGAUUGGAAGUUGUCGACCUUUUUGUGGAUUUUGGAGAUGGUGUGCUACUUAUGAAACUUCUUGAAAUUAUCUCUGGAGAGAAACUGGGAAAACCUAACAGAGGGCGUAUGCGGGUACAAAAAAUCGAGAACCUCAAUAAAUCGCUGGAUUUUCUCAAGAGGAAAAAAAUCCAGCUGGAGAACAUCGGAGCUGAGGAUAUUCUAGAUCGAAAUGAACGUCUUAUUCUUGGUCUCAUCUGGACGAUUAUCCUUCGUUUCCAAAUUGACACCAUCGUCAUUGAGGACGAAGAGGAGAGUGGAGAACGCAAACACGCCAAGGAUGCGCUUCUGCUAUGGUGUCAACGUAAAACCGCUGGAUAUCCGAAUGUCAGGAUUGAAAACUUCACCACAAGUUGGCGUAACGGAUUGGCUUUCAAUGCGCUUAUCCAUGCUCACAGACCUGAACUGGUUAAUUUCAAUGCACUUAAUCCUAAUGAUCACAUUGGAAACCUUAAUAAUGCCUUUGAUGUGGCUGAAAGGAAAUUGGAGAUUGCGCGUCUUCUUGACGCUGAAGAUGUCGACACGGCUCGUCCAGAUGAGAAAUCUAUCAUCACCUAUGUGUCCCUGUACUAUCACCACUUUGCGAAACAGAAGACUGAACUCACUGGAGCUCGUCGUGUUGCUAAUAUUGUUGGCAAACUGAUGAGUAGUGAUGCCAUGGAAGAAGAUUACGAGCACAUUGCUUCGGAUUUACUGAAGUGGAUUCGCGAAACGAUCAAGAUUCUCGAAAACAGGAGAUUUCCUAAUUCUCUUGUUGGAAUGAAAGAAGAGCUUGGAAAAUUCAACGAGUUCCGAACGAUUGAGAAACCUCCCAAAUACAAGGAAAAGGGAGAGCUAGAGGCUCUGUUUUUCACAAUUCAAACUAAGAGAAAAGCUAUGGCAAGGAAGCAAUAUGCUCCUCCACCUGGCUUAUCUAUAUAUGACAUUCAAACAGCGUGGGACAGGCUUGAUGCCGCCGAGAAUGAUCGGCAACUUGCGAUUAUUGCUGAGUUGCAGAGACAAGAGCGACUCGAACAGCUGGCGCAACGUUUCCACAAGAAGGCAAACCUUCGUGAGAGCUGGCUGAAAAAUGUUCAAGUUAUUCUGGAAGACAUGGACCAAGGAAGGACUGCAAAUGAAGUUGAGAAAUCUCUGAAGAAACAACAGGCUAUCGCUAACGAUAUCCUUGCAAGGGAAGAACGCUUUAAACUGCUUACAUCGAUGUGUGCUGAUCUUUGUAAUGAGAAGUAUCAUGAAAGUGACAGGAUACGAAUAAGGGAAAGAGAUAUUAUAGAAAGGUGGACCCAUCUGUUGAAUUUGCUGGAACAACGCCGGAAAGCCCUCAUGGGCUUAAAUGAUCUCAUGUCGCUGCUAAGAGACAUUGAUACUCUAGCUAGUGAACUCAAACAAUUAGAGCCGGCUGUCCGCAAUCGUGAUGUAGGAAAGCAUCUACUAGGCGUAGAGGAUUUGCUUGGUAAACAUGAGCUGGUAGAGGCUCAGGUUAAUGCUCAAGGAACUUGGCUUACAAAUGUAUCCAACCAGGCUAACAUAUACAUUAGAAGUAAAGGAGAGCAGUAUGACGUGCUACAGAGAAAACUUGAUGAUGUCACGGCACAGUAUUACUCGUUGGUGGAUUUGUGCCGUCAAAGACGCGCUAAUCUUGAGAAAGCUCGUGCGCUUUACAAAUUCGUCCAGGAUAAUGAAGAAGAGCUUUCGUGGUUAGCUGAAAAAGAACAUCUUUGCCGUCGUGCUUUAGCAGUCAGUGAUAUCGCAGCAGUGCAACAAACUUCACUUCUUUAUAAGAAUACCGAAACGGAAAUGCAGUCACACUGGGCUCGCAGUAAAGACAUGAUGGCUGCUGGUGAACAUCUUAUAGAGAAUGGGCAAUCUCGUGAGGACAUUCAGAGCCGUAUCCAUGAUAUGCAGCAAGGCUGGGAAAGACUUCGUGCUGCUCAUCAAGCAUUGGGGCAGUGGCUUAACCAAGCCAAGCAAGCGCAGCAAUACUUCCAAGAUGCCAAUGAGGCUGAAUCUUGGAUUCGUGAGAAGAUGCCAUUAGUGAAAAGUGACGAUCUUGGUCGUGAUGAAGGCGCUGCAGAAUCACUGUUACAGCGACAUGCACGCCUUGAAGAAGAGAUCCAUGCUUAUAGGGCCGAUAUCGUAAGACUAGAAGAAAUGAGCCACCAGCUCGCUAAUAGCUCCUUCGUUACGGCUACGACAAGCAUGCAAGAGACGGAAGAGGUUACUGUACCGCAGAUUGAAAUGCUGUACAAAUAUGAAGGCAAUGGAAUGUCUGUAAUGAAAGGUGAAGUGUUAGCUCUUCUGGAGCAAUCAACACCUGAAUGGUGGCGCGUCUUGAAACAGGACGGCACGGAAGGAUUCGUGCCGGCUAAUUAUUGCCGAAAAGUUCCAGGUGAAACGGUUACCGUAACCCAAACCACGACUACAGUAAGACCCCAAAGUGACGUUGCCGACAGCCGUCGUGCAAUAGUUGAUCGCCAGAAGAUGAUCUCAUCUGACUAUAGACAACUGAAUAGCCUCGCUGAAGUCAGAAGACGCCUUUUGUCGGAUAAUAUCAAACUUAUGAGGUUCUAUCGUGAAUGUGAUGAGUUCGAAGGAUGGGCUCGAGAAACCGAGGCUGCUCUGUUAGAUGAGCCUAGCGUAGAACAUGUGAAAGCAUUCCGUAAGAAGUUCGAUCGCUUGGAAGCUGAGAUGAAGACCAGCGGCGGCACCCAACUGAAGCAUAUCAAUGUUAUGGCAGAUGAGCUAAUUGGUGAGGGGCACAGCCAGUCGAAACAGAUCGAAGCGCGACAAAGAAAGGUGAAUGCUCUGUGGGCGGAGCUUGAACGUUUACGCGCUAAGCGUGCUGCCAAAUUGGAAACCACCGAAAGAAUUGCUGACUUUGAUUCAUCUUGCGAUGAUACAAGAGAAUGGAUGCAGGGCAAAUUCGACCUCCUUGAUAGAAAUCCAAACGAUUUGAAGAGCCUUCAGAACCUUGAACGUGAUCUCAAACCUUUGGAGGAUAAGAUUCACUACCUAGAAAAGCUGGCAGCCGAGGUCAAAAAGAAAAACCCCGAAGCAGCUGCCGCAAUCGAAAAGAAGAUUGCUCAGCUUCGUGGCCUCCACAAUGAUCUCUUGCGUAGAGCUCAUGAAAAGAUCAAGAUUGCUGAACAAUCUCAAGGCCAAGAAAUGUUCGAAUCUGCGCUGAGAGAUGUAUUGAAUUGGAUUGAUCGCACCAAGAAAGCUCUAUCCGAAGAAGUACGUCCUCUGGAUGUGCAGCAAGCCGAAGACCUCCUCAAGAAGCAUUACGAACUAGGAGAGCAGAUAAAAGACAAGAAAUAUGAAUUGGAGUACGUGCAAGAGCUUGGACACCGUUUACUCGAGAAGAAUCCUCGACUGCGUGAAGUUGAAGCACAGUUGAAUCAUUUGGGAGCGGAAAUGACUGCAGUAAAGAAUAUGUACCGCAUCCGCGACGCUCAGCUGAAGGAACAACUUGAUUUACAACUGUUCAAUCGCGAAGCUGAACGUAUCGAUGCUGCCACAAAGGGUCAUGAAGCUUUCUUAGAUUAUGCUGACCUUGGAGAUUCCGUGGAAUCUGUGGAAAAUCUGUUGAAACGUCAUCGUGACUUGGAGGCUAAGUUAGAUGCUCAAGAGGGCAGACUUGCAGCUUUCUCCAAAAAUGCAGAUGAACUACUCAGAAAUAAGCAUUCUGAAAGCCCCUAUAUAGAUAAGCGCCGUAACGAUGUAAUCGCUCGCCGUGGUGCUGUGCGAAGAAUGGCUGCUGAACGUCGCGCUCGUCUUGAAGCGUCUCUAGAAUACCAGAAUAUGAAGAGAGACGCUGAAGAAAUGAUGUCUUGGAUUCAUGAGAAGAAGAAGCUAGCCAACGACGAGUCCCACCGAGAUCUUACUUCAAUCGCAAACAAGCUCUUGAAGCAUGAAGCCUUCGAGGCAGAAGUCAAAGCGAACGCUCCUCGAAUAACACAGAUCAAUAGACUUGGCGCUGCGCUUAUCAACCAGAGGCACUACGAGUCCCCCAAUGUUGAACGUUUGCUGAAACGAGUCAACGCUGAGUGGGCUGAGCUUUGUGAUGCUGUCAACAAAAAAGGCGAAAAAUUGCGUCAGGCCUCUGAUCAGAAGGGUCUCAACCGCAUUCUUGAAGACGCCCAUGCAAAACUUGACGAACUUGAGACAGUUUUGAGGUCGGAUGAACUGGGCUCGGAUCUAAGAGCUGUCAAGGAUUUGAUCCAGAAACAUUCCGUACUUGAGCAGGAGAUGGGACUGUACGAGAGUAAGCUGACAGACAUCUACAAACGAGGACGAAGAAUGGCUGAAGAGGGUCAUUUUGAUGCAGAUAGAAUCAACUACACUGUAGCAGCUUUACUCAAGAGGUUUGAGGGGCUCAAGGGUCCUGCGGCAGCUCGCCGGGCAGCACUAGAAGAAUCCAGAAAAUGGCACCAACUUGCCUUCGAUGUUGAUUGUGAGCUACAAUGGAUUGCUGAGAAGAAACCGAUAGCAUCAUCCGAAGACACGGGUAGAAAUCUUACUGAAGCACUGAAUAUGGUGAAGAAACAAGAUCAAUUGGAAGCUGAAGUCCAUCAGCACUCCAGUCAUAUCGAGGGUACAAUCAAUCAAGGAGAAGCGCUGAUUCGUGGUGGACACACGGCUGCAAAGCAAAUCAAAGACAAGUGCGAGCAGCUUGCUGGUGCGUGGGCACAUCUGGCUCAUCUUGUAAGAAGACGUCGCCAAGUUGUUGAUUGGGGUGUGAAGGAGCAGCAAUACAUGUUUGAUGCUGCGGAGGUUGAAUCUUGGAUGAAUGAGAAGCGUGCAGCGUUGGAAUCUGAUAACUAUGGACAAGACGAAGAUGCAGCACAGAAACUCUUAGCGAAGCAUCGCGCUCUACAAAAGGAUAUGCAGACAUACCGACAAUGGUUGGACAAGCUUGCUAUCAAGUGCACAGAACUUGUGGAUUCUAGACGCCCAAAUGUCGAGCGCUUCGGAGUGAGACAGAAGGAAUUAGAGACUGAAUUUGAUAGACUAAGUCGACUAGCCGAAGAACGACGUCGUGCUCUCGAGGAUACUGUACAUUUGUUCGAAUACAUGCGAGAAAGCGCUGAUCUUGAACAGUGGAUCAACGAGCAAUUGCAGACAGCAAUGAGCGAAGAAUACGGAGAUGAUUAUGAGCACUUCAAGGAGCUUCAAUCGCGUUUCGAGGAAUUCAAGCAAAGCGUGAGAACUGGCAGUGAACGGUUUGUGUCAUGUGAAGCAGCCGCAAACGCGCUGCUGAGGAGGAACCCACCUUUCGGACGUGAUAUCUUGAAGAAGCAAGAGAAGCUGCGAUCGGUCUGGACGUUGCUCUUGGACUAUAUUGAAUCAAGAGAGUCGAAAUUGGCUGCUGCUGAGGAAUUGCACAGAUUCAACCAAGAUGUAUUGGAGCAUGAAGAGUGGGUCCAUGAUAAGAGGUCGAAUAUGUCGAAGGAUAUGGGAAGGAAUAUUCAACAGGCCAAAUCUUUGAGUCAGAAACAUGAGACACUUGAAAAAGAAGUAGCUGGUAUGGAGCCACGGUUACAGAGACUUCUGGCCGAAUCUGCUCGGCUGAAAGAAGCCUAUCCUGGUGGAAACGCUGAGCAUAUUGCUCAGCAGCAAGUAGAGUUGGCUGAGAGCUGGCAGGACCUGCUGAAUGCCAUCGACGACAGACGUGAUGAGCUGCGUGCAGCUAGGGAUAUGCACCGUUUCAACGCUGAUGUUCGUGAUCUGCUUGCAUGGGCUGAUAUAACUAUCGCAGAUAUGCAAACGGAAAUGCAGGUCAAUGGUUUGCAACAAGCUGAAGCUCUGCAGAAGGAACAUUCGAGACUUCGUGGCGAGAUUGCUGCUAGGGCACCUGAAUUCGAGAAAGUCGCGCGUUCCGGAGAUGCAAUGAUCCAGCGUGGACAUUUUGAUAAAGUAAACAUUGCCAAGAAAGUACAUCAGGUCACAACUGCUUUGGAACGUCUACAAUCAGAAUGGGAUCUUCGCGAAAGUUAUCUAGUACAGUUGGUCCAAUGGCAUGCUCUCCAGCAAGAGGCCAACCAAAUUCUGACCCUCAUUGCAAGCAAGAGGGCUACUUUACGCCAGUUAGCCGUUGGAGGCAGCGUUGCUGAUGUCGAGGGUCAGCAAAAACGUCUGGACACGUUUGCAAAGGCUCUUUCGACUUUGGAUGAGAGAACAAAAGCCUUGGACCGAACUGCAAAUGAACUUAUUGCUAACAAUCAUAUGGAGAAAAACAACAUCGAGAUGUCGAAAAAGAAGGUGCACGACGCACUUUCUCUACUUCACAGUGACGUGGAACAGCGUCAUUUACUACUGAAUGAUGCAUUUAUGGUGGCUACAUUUGACCGUGACGUCGCCGAUACUGAAGCUUGGAUUGAUGACAAACUCAAAAAUAUCCGCCUGGAAAAGGAACGCCAGGGACAAUGCACUACGAUUGAAGAUAAAAUGAGACGUCUUCAGAAACAUCAAGCUCUAGAGGCGGAGUUGGCGGCUAACCGUAAACGCAUUGACCAAGUUCUACAGCGUGGAAAAGAAUUGCAGUUGAAGCAUCGUGAUGCUGGAAUUUCUGGUCGCUGCGAUGGCUUGUACAAUCGUUGGAACUUACUGGUAGAUGCUUGCGCCGAGCAGUCUCGAGCUCUUGAGGAAGCUCGCGAUCUACUCACUUUCAGACAACUUGUCGAUCGCGUUUUGCUAUGGGUCCAUGAAAGAGAGUUGAUGGUGAAUGCAGCUGAUAUGGGAAAAGAUCUCGAGCACUGUAGAAUACUUCUUGAUCGACUGGAUGGUACACAAGCCGACUCUUCUGUUGAUGAACAAACCUUGGAUCAAAUCAAUCGCCUUGGAGAGAAGCUGAUUGGACAAGGAAGGACAAGCCGUGAAGAAGUGCAACAACAACAGCAGCUUCUGAAUCAGACGUGGAACUCCCUACAAGGAAAGUUGGCCUCCUAUCGCAGAGAGCUUACAGCAGCACUAGAGGUCCACGCUUUCAAUCGCGAUGUUGACGAUACCAAUGAAAGAAUUCAUGAAAAAAUUGCUGCAAUGAGGAGCGAUGACUAUGGACGAGACUUUGCAUCUGUUGACGCGUUACUGCGUAAACAGACUGCUUUGGAAAGAGAUAUGAGUGCUAUACAUCAAAAACUCAUCGCUCACGACAAAGAUGCGCAAGCAAUUCUUGCUAAGAAGCCACCGCUCAAAAACACCAUUCUGGAUUCCUUGAAAAAGCUCGAAGAGAGCUGGAAAGAACUAAGUCAAGCCGCUGAACUACGUAAUGAAUGCUUGGAUAAAUCCUACAAACUGUACAAGUACAUCGACCAAGUCAAAAAAGCAGAACAAUGGGCAGCGCAGCUGCGAAACAAGAUGACUUCAUACCAGACACCUAAGACUACUGCUGAAGCUGAACAGUUGAUUGCACAACAUGCUGAGCGACGUGCUGAGAUUGACGGACGUCAGGAUGAGCUACAUAUCCUACAUGAAGAAGGUCAACGCUUAAUUGCUGAGCAACCAGAGCACAAACCAGAGGUGCAAAGAGCUCAUAAGAGAGUGCAGAACUCCGAACAUCAGCUCAGGCAAACAUGGGAGGCUGAAAAGGCAUCACUCCAACGAACUCUGGAAUGGCUCCAGUGGUGUGACCAAGCUGGCAUGUGCGAAAGAUGGCUGGCUGACAAAGAAAAUCUGCUCAAACAAGGUGAUAUUGGAGAUACUCCGGAUGCGGUACAGCUGUUGAUCAAAUCGCAUGAUGCUUUCGAAGAAACUGUGAAAAAGCAAAGUGAGAAACUAGAAUGUCUCAAAGUUGACGCACAGAAGCUGAUGUCCAGUGACAAUGAAUAUCGCGGAGAUAUCGCAGCAAGGUGUGACGAAGUGAUGCAACGCCAUGCCAACAUGCUGGAAGCUUCAUCAAUGAGGCGUAUGCUCCUGGGUGACAGCAAAAAAUACCAUGAAUUCAUUCGCACCUGUGGUGAACUAAUCACCUGGAUCAAUGCCAAGCUGCAACUUGCUUAUGAUGAAUCCUACCUCGAUCCAACAAACCUCCGAUCGAAACUGCAGAAACAUUUAGCCUUCGAUUCCGAACUGACUGAGAAUGAGAAGCGGCUGGUGGCUGUGGAAGCACAGGGUGAACAACUGAUCAAGGAAAAGCAUUUUAUGAGCGAGCAAGUUCGUGCUCAACUUGGUGAGCUUCGAAGUGGUUGGGAUGAACUGCGCACAAAGUCAGCUUUGAAGACGCAGAGACUCCGAGAAGCGUAUGAAGCUCAUACGCUUCAGCGUAAAGUUGAAGAUAUGGAAAGAUGGCUAGAUCGUAUUGAAGGAGAACUGGCAACCGAAGAUCAUGGCAGAGAUCUCCUCUCCGUUGAACAUCUCAUGAAGAAAUUGGACGCGCUGGACGCUGAAAUCCGUGGACGAGCAGAUGCUGUCAACGAUCUGAUGCAGAAAGCUCGAGAAAUCAAAACGCUUGGUUCACCUACCUCAGAUGCAAUCCUUGGAGCUGCCGAACAAGUUGUUGCACGAUAUUCUUCCCUUAAUGAGCCUGUACAGAUCAGAAGAGAUAAUCUUCGCGAUGCUCACGCUUUAUAUGAAUGGACUGCUUGCGCUGAAGAAGAGCUAGAAUGGUUAGCUGACAAAAUGCCACUAGCAAAGAGCCAGGAGUGUGGUGAUAGUCUAACGGCUGCACAAAGUUUGCAGAAAAAGCAUAUAGCGCUCGAAAAGGAGUUGGACUCGCGCCAAACUGGAAUUCAUGAGAUCGAGUCGAAAGGAAUGGCUAUGAUUCGUGCGAAACACUUUGCGGCACCACAGAUUGAGAAGACGAUUGACACUUUGUCAUCUGCUAUGUUAUCAAUCAAGGAUGCAGCAUCACAGAGAAGAAUUCGUCUACAGCAAGCUGUCGACAGUCAUCAGUACUAUACUGAAGCGGCAGAGGCCGAGCAAUGGAUUAGGGAUCAGAUGCCUGUUGCCACCAACCAGGAAACAGGCCGUGAUCAGGCAGCUGCUGAAGGAUACCUGAGAAGACUGACUGUCCUUGACAAAGAAGUUGCGAAGUUCAGAGAUGAGAUAGAACGACUGCGAGGUCGAUGUGAUUCGUUGCAAGACCAUCAGAAUGCAAAUCAAAUUGCUGCUCGACAAGUCAAGCUAGAGAGUGCCUAUGCUGAUCUAGUGAAGGAGUGUAACAGAAGACGAACACAGCUCGUGGAUGCUGGACGUUACCACAGGUUUGUGCGACAAGUCGAUGAUCUGUCUGACUGGCUCCAUGAUAAAGAACACCUGGCUUCGUCGGAAGACUAUGGUCGCGAUUUAGAAGACUGCGUACAACUUACCGAAAAGUUUGAGACCGUAGUGCGUGAGCUGGCGGCCGCUGGAGAACGAGUUGCUGCUGUACAAAGAGCUCAAGAAGAACUGCUUAGAAGUGGCCAUCCCUACGCUGCAUCCAUCCGCGCCAAAGGAACUGAUCUCAACAGCUUGUGGACCUCCGUCAAUGAGGCGGCAACUGAACGACAGCAAGCUUUGGCUGGGGCACGACAAGUGCAUAGAUUCGAUCAGGAAGCUGAUGAGACGCUGAACUGGCUUGGUGACAAAGAAGCGACCGGUGUAGCUAUGGAAAACGAAGAUCUUGCUCAUGCUGACUUAGCAACGAUAAAAGUGCAAAUGCAGCGCCAUGAUGAGUUCGUACACGGGAUGAGAGCUGUUGAGAAGCAAGUCGCUGAACUAUGCCGGGAAGCUGAGCGCUUAUGGACAGCGUUCCCGAACACUCGCGAACAUCUUGAAGUACGUAAAAUGGACAUGGAAGAGCAGUUGAAGGAUAUCUUGGAAGGAACAAGAAGACAUCAAGAGAGGCUGCAGCAUAUGGAGAGCCUCCAGGCAUACUUCCAAGAAUAUCGAGAGUUAAUGCAGUGGAUGAAGACGAUGCAAGCGAUGAUGACGUCAGAACAACUUCCUAGAGAUGUUGCUGGUUGUGAAGCGCUAGCCCGGCGUCAUGAUGAGUAUAACUUGGAAAUGCAAGGUCGCAAAUCUCAUAUCGAUGAGUUCAAUCGUCAAGGAAAACAAAUGAUCCAGUCAGGACAUGUGCUCUCUCAAGAGAUCAAUGAAAAGGUAGAGACCCUUGAAAGGUCUUGGGCUGUACUGCUUGACGUGUGGAAAGAUCGUAAUGAGCUUUACCUUGAAAAUAUGGAUUGUCAACGAUGGAAACAGAAUGCUGCACAGCUUGAGCAAUGGUUGUUGGAAAGAGAACGAUUGCUUGGUGACGAUUGGCGCCAUAUCGACACCGUCGAGAAUGCCGAAACGCAGAUUCGUGACUACGAUGACUUCCUGAUUACCCUGGACGCCCAAUCAGAUCGAUGUGAUAUGGUGAAACGACUUACUCUAAUUGAGCAAAGCUUCAGUCGCCUCAGGAAGAAGGAGGUUGAACGAUCUCGUAUUGCCGAAGAAGAUCAGAAACGACGUGAUACCAUCAAAGUGGUCGAGAAAGGACAAAUCCUUGCUAACAGAAGACAGGAGAGAGAAAGGAGAAAGACGCAAGAAAUCUCUCUGCUACGCCCCAAUCAGAGCGAGGAUUAUUCAAGCCAAACCCUGCCGAAGAAAGAGCGAGCAGAACGCAGCAAAACCACUGCACUUGGUGAGAGUGUAUCAAUUGGUGGUCCAUCAACCAUAGUCGCACCGAGUGUAAAUGCUCCAGCCAAUGUGUCAGCUGUAGAGGUUGAUAUGAAGAAAACACCAUCAUUCACUACUCGAAGAGGAAAUUCAGUGACUAGGAGUAGCAGCAGUCGCUGGGAGGACCUAGGAGCGAUUGAUAUGAGAGGUUUUGUCGAUCGCAAACAAGAUCUACAAAGUGGUGGUAAGAAGGCAACAAUUAGAUCAUGGAAGAAUUACUAUUCUAUCCUUUGUGGCCAAUUGAUGUGUUUCUUCAAGGACGAAGCUGGUUUUUAUGAUAAUAUCGCAGCUGCACCACCUGUCUAUAUCUAUGGUGCCAGAUGCGAACCUUUCCCAGAGUAUGUGAAGAGGAAGCAUGCCUACAGGCUUGCUACCCAAGAUGGUGCUGAGUAUGUAUUUGCAUGUGCCGAUGAGCGACAAAUGCUUGAAUGGGUCGCAAAGAUCAAGUUCCAUGCUGAGCUCACACCCAGCAAUCAGCUGAAGUCAUACAAUUAUCACGCAUCAGAAACGUUGCCGAUCGCACCUCCAUUGCGACGUUAUGAAUCGCGAUCUAGUAGCGAUGAAGCUCCACCAAUUCCAGCAAUUCGUCAGAGCUUCAGAGAUGAAACGUCGCGUCCAACGUCACGAGUGUCUGCAUUUGAUUCAUAUGAUGGAACAUUAGAACGCACUGGAAGCACUGUUGGACGAACGUCAACGACGAUGUCUAUGACAUCGCGACCAUCUCCAACCCCAAUGUCUAUGCGUCCGCCAUCAUCCACAAAUGGAUAUAUGGAAACCCUGGUAUAUCAAGAACAUGCCACAUCAGCGUACAGACGUGAAACUACCCCAUCAAGCCGUGAUCGUGAUAAGGAAACUGUCGAGUUCAUCUCGUGGGUAGAGGAUAACCAGUAUGGUCGACAAACGCCCAGUACGCAACCUGUAACACCCUCAUCACAAAACGAUACCGAUUCGCUGAAGAGCGAAAAGAAGCGCUUCUCCUUGUUUGGUAAACGUGGAUCGAAGUCUCAGAAGUGAGACCAUUCAGUGCUGAACGAAAAAUUUUCCUUCCAUCGAAAGUAAUAGAGGUCACUUUAAUUCUGAGUUUCUGUCACAUUACCACUUAAUGAAUGCCUCAUUAUGCCCAGACGCCUUUAAUGUACGACUUUCGAUUUGUUCAUUAUCGAUAUGUUGUUUUGUUGUCCCAGUUGAACCAUUCCAUAUGCUGUCUUAUCUCUCUAUCUCUCACUUCUAAAAUUUUUUCUCUUUUGUACACAACGUUUUCAUUGGUUUCAGUCGUUAUAUUGCGUGUUUCUCUAGAGUUUUGUUUUCCCUUAAAGUGAUCAGAUUUAUAUGUGUAGCUCAAAAAAGCGUGUCUUGAGUGUGUACUGCUCCAUGCAUAUCACAUUUCUUUUCUCCAAUUCUAUCCUUUAUUUGAGUGUAGGUGAAGCUUGCUGUAACAGAGGCACAAAGCAUACCGUCUAGCCCGAUGAUGUUAUUGCUGAUCAAUGUGCGACUGUCUGCGAAGAAGUUUUUAAUAAUCAGAAUAAAUUAUAUUUUUA